AGGCCAAACACUUGCAGCCAAGCUCACUCACUUCACUUACUAACCUCCAAUGGCUACCUUCUGCUACAACAUUCAUUACUUCCCAUUCAUCUUUCUUUAUCUUCUUAUUCCCAUAAUCAAUACCUCUACAAUAUCUGAAUCUGAAAUUCUUCUUACAUUCAAAUCCUCCAUUAAAGACUCUUCCCAUUUUCUCUCUUCUUGGUCUAAUACUUCACUUUCUCAUCACUGUAACUGGACUGGAAUCACCUGUUCUAAUUCUCCAUCUUUCUCUGUUAUUUCCAUUGACCUUCAUAAUCUCAAUCUUUCAGGCGAAUUCUCCCCUUCAAUAUGUCAACUUCCCAAUCUUUCUUCCCUUAAUCUUGCUGAUAAUCUCUUCAAUCAACCAAUCCCACUUCAUUUCUCUCAAUGUGAAUCUUUAGUAAGUCUAAAUCUUAGCAGUAAUCUUAUAUGGGGUACUAUCCCAGAACAGAUUUCUCAGUUUUCUUCAUUGGAAAAGCUUGAUUUAAGUAGAAAUCAUAUUGAAGGUAAAAUCCCAGAAAGCAUUGGGUUUUUACAAGAUUUGAAAGUUCUUAAAUUUGCUAAUAAUUUGCUUGUUGGUAAUCUUCCUAGGGUUUUUAGUAACUUCACUCAACUUGUUGUUCUUGAUUUGUCUGAGAAUCCUUUUCUGGUGAGUGAGAUUCCUUCUGACAUUGGUAAGAUGGAAAAGCUUGAGCAGCUUUUUCUACAAAGUUCUGGGUUUUUUGGGGUGAUUCCUGACACUUUUCUGGGUUUAAACAAUCUAAAAGUUCUCGACCUUUCGCAAAAUAAUCUAACUGGUGAACUUCCCGAGAAUCUGAGUGAUUCAUUGAGAAAUUUGGUUGAUUUUGAUGUUUCAUCCAAUAAGCUUAGUGGGUUUUUCCCAAAUCAAAUUUGUAGUGUAAAAUCCCUAAUUAAUCUUUAUCUUCAUACAAAUCACUUUACUGGGUUAUUACCUGAAAAUAUUAGCCAAUGCUUGAAUUUAGAAAGAAUUCAAGUGCAAAACAAUGAUUUUUCAGGACAUUUUCCUAAUGGGUUAUGGUCAUUACCUAAGAUUAGGCUAAUUAGAGCUGAAAACAAUAGAUUUUCUGGUGAAAUUCCUGAAACUAUAUCAAUUUCAACCCAAUUAGAACAAGUUCAGAUUGAUAAUAACAGCUUUACUGGUAUAAUUCCUCAGGGAUUUGGAUCAGUUAAGAGCUUAUACAGAUUCUCUGCUACAAACAACCAAUUAUUUGGUAAUCUCCCUCCUAAUUUUUGCGAUUCUCCUGUUAUGAGCAUUAUAAAUUUUUCCCAAAACUCGAUUUCAGGUCGAAUUCCUCAAGUGAAGAAAUGUAGAAAGUUAGUAUCUUUAUCUCUUGCUAGUAACAGUUUUGAAGGAGAAAUCCCACAUUCACUUGGGGAAUUACCUGUUCUAACAUACCUUGAUCUAUCAGAUAACAAUCUCACUGGUUCAAUCCCAGAAGAGCUUCAAAACUUAAAGUUAGCAUUGUUCAAUGUGUCAUAUAAUCAACUAUCUGGGAGGGUACCUUUCCUGUUAAUGACAGGCCUCCCAGCAUCAUAUUUGCAAGGAAACCCUGGUCUUUGUGGUCCGGGGUUGCCUAAUUCAUGUCAAGGGGAAGAAAAAAUGCACCAAAAUAGCGUUCAUACAAAGCUUGGUUAUGCCCUUAUAUCAGUAGCUGUAACUAUUGCUGUUUUCAUGGCUAUUUCGAUCACUAUCUUGAUCCAUCGUCGUUUUAAGCAGAAACCCGAAAUGGGUGUUUGGCAUUCUGUUUUCUUCUACCCAUUAAGGAUUUCAGAACAGGAUUUGGUUAUGGCAAUCAAUGAGAAAACUUCAAUAUCAGAUAGUGGCACUUUUGGGAGUGUUCAUAUUAUAAGCUUACCAAGUAGUGAACUUAUUGCUGUGAAAAAGUUGGUGAAUUCUGGUAAACAAUCAGUAAAAACAUUGAAAGGAGAAAUCAAGACAUUAGCAAAGAUUAGACAUAAGAAUAUUGUUAAAAUUCUUGGGUUUUGUUGUACAGAAGAUUCAAUCCUUCUUAUUUAUGAGUAUUUGAGUAAGGGAAGUUUGGGUGAUACACUUGGUAGGCCUAAUUUUCAAAUGCAGUGGAAUUUUAGGUUGAAAAUUGCUAUUGGGGUUGCUCAAGGCUUAGCAUAUCUUCAUAAUGAUUACUCCCCAAAUCUUCUUCAUAGAGAUGUUAAAUCAUGUAAUAUUCUUCUUGAUGGUGAUUUUGAGCCCAAGAUUACAGAUUUUGCUCUUGAUAAAAUUGUGGGUGAUGCUUCAUUUCUGUCUUCUUUGGCCUUUGACUCUUCAUCUUCUUGUUAUGUUGCACCAGAAUGCAAAUAUGAGAAAAAGGGGACACAAGAGAUGGAUGUGUACAGCUUUGGCGUGGUGCUGUUAGAACUCGUAACAGGAAGGCAAGCACGGAUGACAGACUCAGACGAACCUUCUCUAGAUAUAAUAAAGUGGGUUAGACGGAAGAUCAACAUUGCUAACGGGUCUGAACACGUACUUGACCCUAGAAUAUCGCCUUCGUCUAAGGAAGAAAUGCUCGGUGCUUUAGAACUCGGUAUCCACUGCACGAAUGUAAUGCCUGAAAAAAGGCCAUCCAUAGCUGAGGUUGUCAGGGCACUCCAAAGUCUUGGCUCGAAAUCUAGCUCUCGACGUGUACAAGAACAGCUUACUUCCUAGAGCAAUGGUGGUGCACUUUCGGUUUGAAAGAUUAGCAGCAGUAACCACCCAAGUAAAGCCUCAUCUUAGUAAUAUUAUUAUGUAAAUUCAGCUCAGUUUACUUUCUGUUCUUGAGGAAGCUGUGUUCACUGUUCUGUCUCAGUAUCAGCGUGCAUAUAUAUACUGGCUUGUAAACUUUUAAUGGGUUUGAAUACAAUUUAAAAGUUAUAUCAA